CUUAGUUUAUUUUCAGUACAAUUUUGUUGAUAAUUUUUACGUGGGGCUGAUGAAAUUUUCCGAGUCAACUUUAAUUGCCGUUAUUGCGCCGUACUUAUGGAUGUUUUCAUUAUUUGCUGUUGUGAUGCCGCCAAAUUAUAUACUUCGUGCGGCUCCAACAAAUCGCCACUGGAUUUUGUAUAUUAUUCGCACAGUUUUCGUACUUUAUAUGCUAGCGCAAUUUGUGAUCAGCUUUUGGGUCGCUUAUACUUAUAAUGUGCUGCUCAGUGGUUUUUUGAUGCGCAACUCAUUGGAUAUUAUGACUUGUGUAUUAAGUAUUGGCAUUAAUGUCGUACAGCUAGUAGUGCAAAUAACAGUAUAUGUACAAGCGUUAACUAAAUACACUUUAUUACGCGACGUCCUCAAUGACAUUGUCCAAUUAGAAUCGGAUAUACGAAAACACUUAACGACCGAUUGUUCAUUGGCAUCUUUUCGCUGGCGUUUGGGGCUUCGUGUUGGCAUUUGGUUCGUGGUGGUUUCGACUUUUGUACCUUACCUGAGCUAUAUGCUUUACACUCAAUAUUUUCAUCCAAUUAAGCGUGGAAUUAUUGUUUUUUUCGGAACAAUAAUCCAUUUCAAAGGAGUUGAGUAUUGUAUUAGUGUACAAACGAUACAGGAGCUCUUACAACUGGUGCAGCAGCAGUUGGUACAUUUGAGACGAGAGCUGGUGCGCUGUGAAAGAGUGGAGCUGCGUCUUAGUUUAUAUGAUGACUUGCAAACGAAUCAGAAACUUCUGGGGCGGGUUUGGAAUCUUCUCAAUCAAACUGAACGCUAUUUUUUCAUUCCAAUGCUUAUGCUUUUUUUCAUCAAUGGAUUCGCUAUAAUACAAGCUAUACAUUGGGCUUACAUCAAUUUUGAGCGUGAUAACUUGAAUUUGCGUUUAUAUCGCAUAAUAUACACCGUCAUGAUAAUUCUGGCUUUACUCAUACCCUGCUAUCUGAGUCAGUGCUGCAUUGAUGAGUACAAUCGUUUCGGCACAAUUCUGCAUAAAUUGAAGACCAUGGGCAUUGACGAACAACUCAAUAUGCGUUUACAGGAGUAUUCACUUCAAUUGAUGCAUCAAAAGAUGCUCUUCACCUGUGGUGGCUUCUUUGACAUAAACUUAAAAAAUUUUGGGGCGAUAAGUCUAACAAUCACGACUUAUAUUGUUAUACUAAUUCAAUUUAAAUUACAAGCAGAAACUGAGAAGAAAUCGAAUAGCGGAAUUCGUUUUGAAUAA